AUGGGAGAUAAUAACCACAUCGGCGAAGCUGGUCUUCACCAUCUUCCUCUGCGCAUGAGAGACGCACCACUCUCCAAAUUCCCCUCUUUAAACCAACGAAAUGGCAAAAAGGUCCCUGAGAGCUUGCACUUUACCCCCGGGGCUUUUCGUCUCAGAUCGCCGACGGAGUCGUCGAUGAGUAGUAUUUCUUCAGCAAAUGUUCCUGAUUCUGCGACGACGCAUUCGCUUUCUACGCUGGCGAGUCCGAUAAGUACCACGUAUGCGAGCUCGAUCCAGGAGCAGUUUGCUGCUGCGACGCUGGAUGGAUCGAGACCUGCGAGUCGUAUCUGCCAUCGACAUAAUCCAUCGAGCGGAACUUGCUCGACGUUUGUUAAUGAGGAUGAUGAUGCGAUUAUUACGGGAUAUCCUGAAUUCGAUAUCAAGAUUAGAAAUUUGAAUGAGGUGCAUGGAAGACCUGCUGUUCAAGAGCUUAGGCCUGCGAGCCCCAGUACAGAGUCGUUUGUUAAGGAGGAAAGGGUUCUUACGCCAACAACAGAGUCGCAUCGUACGGAUCAUAUUUUUAAUGAUGGUGAAGAUGAUUCGGAAGAAGUGUCGCAAGAGGAUGCAAACUCAGUGCUCAAUUACGCACUUCAAGUCAUUUACGGCGUCGACCUCAACGACGUCUCCAUUCCGCAAGACAAGGUCCAAAGCCUCGUAUCCAACUUCACGCAGGACAUAAGCCAGCAUAUCUGGCAAUCUGCUCCAGAUGGCCAAUUGUCGCACACCAUGUCAACGUCAAGCUCUUCCUCUACACCCUCCCAGGACGCUAAUGGCGAUCGUCGGGGCGGAAAGAGGAAGAAGCAAGGUAGACGUGAAGAGGACGGCGAUGAGUUUAGCGAUGGUGAAGGGUCAGGAUACUUGCCCACAAAGCGCUCACGACCGAAUCCCAAGGAAGAUGAGAAUCUUCGAUUGAGCUGUCCGUUCCGAAAGAGGAAUCCUCAUCGUUUCAACGUGAGGGAUCAUCAUAGCUGCGCGAUGACCUAUUUUCCAAAAUUCGCAGAGCUAAGGCAACACAUAGUCAAGCAGCACAAGCGCGACGAUCCAUCUGCUUUCGUCUGCGAUCGAUGUAGUCGUGACUUUCCCACGCGCAAAGAACUCCGUGAUCAUCAGCGCCUACCAAAAGAAUACAUGUGUGAUAUCGCUGAUGCGGAUGCUGAGAGUGGUAUUGAUCCUCAGACUGCCACAAAGCUGUUGAGUAGAAAGAGAGCGAGCGGUACUUCACCUGAGGUUCAGUGGAAAGAGAUCUGGAACAUUGUGUUUCCCGAUGACGACGAUAGUGAUGUUCGACCAUACGAAUACACACCUGUGAUCGAGCACUUCGAAGUCGAAGCCAAGUACCGUGAGGCAUUCGACCAGCUCAAAUACUCCCUCCUCGACAAAAUCUCCAACCCCGCCACCCUCGAAACUCUCUCUACAAAAUUCUAUCAGUGCUUCGUCGAGACUCUAGACCAAUGCAUCGCCAACGCCCAAAGCAUGCCCUACACAAACCGCAGCAACAAAAAGAACGACAUAAUCCGCUCCCAAACAACACAAAGCAUUCGCAAACCCCGUGGUAUCAUGCCUCGCCCUGACUCCGGCGUUGUAAUGGACGAUGGGUCUGAAGAGAGCGGUAGCGUGAUGCUUGGCCAUAGGGAUAGUGUGCGGACUGUUAGGACUGCGCUGCGGGGAAGUCAAGUUCCUGAGACGGUUAAUGAGGUAGUCCCUGCUACUGGGUUUGAGGGGCUGAUGAUGGGGAUGGAUGGGGCGGAUGUGCAGGCUUGGAAUAAUGGGGUUAUGUAUCCGCAGAUGAUGCCUGAGCAACUUAUUCCCACCGGGGGUAUGACGCCGCAGACGGAGUUUGUGAAUUGGGGGCAGAUAUAUCCUGGUUUUGAUACACUAGGAAAUGGCGUUAAUGGGUUUACGGGGUUUAAUGGACAGCAGUAA